AUGAAGGAAAAUAUAAAGAUAUUAUACAUACAUGGAUUCCACAUUUUCGGAGAAAACAAGAAGAAGAAGUUGAUUGAAAGAGCCGUAGGAAAAAAAAAUAUGAUGGUAGCUAAUAUAAAUCAGAAACGAAGUAUUACGGCAUUUAUAUGUUUCCUUCUAUUUAUAAUUUGUGCAAUGUUAUUUAACAUAUAUGUAUCUUACAAACUAUCAUCCUUGUUAAUUUUAAUAAUAGCAAUAGUUCUAUCGAUUAUCAUUAUUAUAAUAAUAUACUUUAUCGGAUCGCAUCUUAUUCUCUAUUAUAUUAUGAAAAAAUCAAUUAAACAAGCAGAACAAAAAAUACAGAUAUAUGACCCCGAUGUUGUUGUUGGAAUGUAUUUUGGGGCCGUUGUAGCCAUGAAUCUUAAUUAUAAAAAUGGAAAAAAACCUCUGGUUCUUAUAUCCCCUUCCAUUAAAACGUUUCAGAAAUUUACUCAUAAUUUAGGAGCUGAUCUUUCUACAUUCCCUUAUGUAAUAAUUGUUAAUGGGUCAAAGGAUACAACAACAACUAUGGGAACUUGUGACGAAUUAGUUUCGACCAUUCCAAUAGGAAAAGGAAGACUUGAAAUAGUUGAUGAUGACCAUUCUUAUUCAAAAUUGAAAGAAUCUGAUUUUAAGUCGUGGAUUAAAGAGGCAAAAUAUAAGCCUUCAACUUGUUUAGUUAAUGUGACAAAAAAAUUAAAAGAUGAACAAUUGGGACAACGUAUUAAGAUAAAAACAAACUCUUUUAGCGAAAUUACACCAUUUGAGAAUGAGAAUGAGAAUGAAGAUGUGAACGAAAACGACCCGUUAGUUUAA